UUUUUUGCCAAAUUCUGGAUUUCCACUUUGAACAGAGAAUUUUUGCAGUGCUUGUUAAUAAAGUGAGCAGCAACGAUGCUACAUGUCUUUAAUGGUCCAGUUGAGCCAGUGUCAUUGGCUGAAUUCCAAAAGGUCAAGGGAAAGAAAACUUUAUUCUCAUGUCAUAACAAGCGACAAGUCAUUUAUCAUGAAGAUGGACGACGAUUUGUGAGUGACAAAAUCGAAAAUGAACAAAGUCCUUCCAGUCUAUGGUCUACAGCUUUAAAACGUUCAGUAGCAUGGGAUUUGAAGGAUCGAUCCAAUGAAGAUCUCACUUUACGCAAUCUUGGACUUAUACGAUAUGUGUCUUAUUUGUCGCAGCAAUUCAUGCCAUAUCGUAAUGUACGGAUUACUUUCAUCUUGAUAGCUGUGAAUAUUGUACUGAUCUUGUUAUUUUUAUAUAUCUUUGUGUUCUGAUUUCGUGCAACAAUGUACGUUUUUUAAACUGUAAAGCUGCCUGUAUGGUUAUAUUUGUUCAGAAUUAGCUAUUUUACUCAGUAACUGAGAACAUUUUAUUAUUAGAAUGAAAAGAAACAAAGCUUCCUCCUAUGUUAUGGCGUGUUAUGGCGCAUUUGCACGCCUCUUCCGAUGCACAUUACAAUGCAGUGUAAUAUUAAAAUGCCCAAUGUUUACAGUCAUCAUUUGUCGUGCAAAGUAUCCAGUGUUUGAUUUAGCAGUGACCAUCGAAAAAGAAAAGGAUUUCCCGACCAGAAUCAACUUUUUAAUGUAAAGUCGUUAUAUCACUUAUACAUUGACUUUUCUAGAGAGUGUCUACUUUUCAUCGCGAAUACAAAGAAUAUUCC